UGACGCUUGAGAUUCGCCAGAGAGGCUUCGACGUUCAGCGUCGCGGUCGAGGAGGCUGCGUCUGCUAGGGUAGCGUUGGCAAGCGAUCCUUUGGGGCGCUUUCGCUUCUUCUGCUUAUCGCCUACAUCCGCCGGCUCGCCGACUGACCAGCCGGGCACCUCGAAGAGCAUCAAGGUCGAGGAGAAAUCGAAGAGAGCGAGAGAAGUUUGUCGACGUGUCAUUUCGCUUGCUCGCGCUGACGACGACUGGCGCUCGCCUGCCAGCGUGAGACGACAUGUUUCGUAAUACGUACGAUUCCGACAACACCGUCUUCUCGCCCCAGGGAAGGCUACACCAAGUCGAGUACGCGCUCGAGGCGGUCAAGCAAGGAUCUGCUGCUGUGGGGCUGAGGAGCAAGACCCAUGUCGUCCUGCUCACGCUCAAGCGCUCGACGGGCGAGCUGGCGAGCUACCAGAAGAAGCUGAUCCGUAUCGACGAUCAUAUCGGCAUUGCCAUCGCUGGUCUCACGUCAGACGCACGCGUCCUCAGCAAUUUCAUGCGCCAGCAAGCGAUGAGCUCGAAAAUGGCAUACAACCGUCCCAUCCCUGUCAAACGAGUCGUCGACACCAUUGCAGAUCGCGCGCAAGUGAAUACGCAAAUGUACGGCAAGCGGCCUUAUGGCGUCGGCUUCCUCGUCGGCGGACAUGAUGCGACAGGUCCUCAUCUCUACGAGUUCUCACCAUCCGGCACGGCGUUUGAGUACUACGCCAUGUCGAUCGGCGCGCGCAGUCAGAGUGCAAAGACGUAUCUCGAGCGCAACUUUGAGGCUUUCCAGGACUGCGAUCUGGACGAGCUCAUCAAGCACGGUCUGCAUGCUCUGCGCGACACGCUGCAACAAGACAAGGAGCUAUCUACGCUCAACACGAGCAUAGGCGUCGUCGGCGCUCCUGCACCGGCACCACCCGCUCAGCCAGAGUUCGAGCCGACGGGCACGACAUCAGAUCCGAGCAAGCCCGUGCUGGGCAAACGACCGCCGCCCAACUUCCGCGUCAUCGAGGGUGACGAUCUGACGCCUUACCUGGCCAAAAUGGAUCCCAAGGAAGAUCCAGCGGCACCGAGAGGGAGUGGAGAUGCACCGAUAGCACCGACAGGGGACGCAGCGGCGCCGGCAGCGGGAGGGGAUACGAUGGAGACGGAUUGAUUGAUGAUACAACAAUCGACGAUGCACU